AUGUGGCGUGACCGCACCAACCUCUACAUAUCCUACCGCCAGUCCUAUGCACACCACCCGGCGACACGGACACCAAAAUACUAUGGCGGCCUCGCGACCAGCUCGUCCGCCGCCGCGGGUGGUGACGACGACCGCCGCGGCCUGCUCUCGGCCGACCCUUUCUACGACCAGGCCGACGACCUGGGCGGCUCGCCGGGGGACGCCGUCAUUGAGAUGGACGUCUUGCCGCCGCGCUGGGCCGACAUCUCCGACGAGGUCGCCGAGAUCCUCGGCGACGUCGCCCGCCAGAGCCAGCUGCUCGACCGGCUGCACCAGAAGCACGUCCUGCCUGGUUUCAACGAGGACGAGGCGGCGAAGCGUGCCGAGGAGAACGAGAUUGAGCGGCUGACGCAGACGAUUACGCGCGCGUUCCACGACUGCCACGGCUGCAUCCAGCGCGUGGACCAGAUGGUGCGCGAGUCCAAGAGCCAGGGAACGCUGUCGCGUGCCGACGAGACCAUGGCCAAGAACGUGCAGAUCUCGCUGGCGGCGCGUGUGCAAGAGGCGAGCGCCAACUUCCGCAAGAAGCAGAGCGCGUAUCUCAAGAGUGAGUGCGAACGGGGCAGCCUGGAGGGGGCGACGGCCACGCUGGUUUAUUGGAGACUAACGUUUGCAGAAUUAAAGGGCUUCUCCGGCGCGGACCGGGCAUCGACGCCCGUGGGCGGUGCCAGCACAUCGGGGAGCAACUACGCCGCGGACCCGUCGCUGUUGGAGUCGGACGCCGACCGCUCCUUUUCGCAGUGGGCGCUGCAGCAGUCGACAACGCAGCAAAAGCAAGCACAGUCGAACGACGCCGUUAUUAUGCAGCGGGAGCGCGAGAUUGAAGACAUUGCGCAGGGCAUCAUCGACCUGUCCGACCUGUUCCGUGACUUGCAAAACAUGGUCAUCGACCAGGGCACCAUGCUGGACCGCAUUGACUACAACGUCGAGAACAUGAACACGGACGUCAAAGCGGCCGAGAAGGAGCUGGUUGUGGCCUCGGGCUACCAGAAGAAAACGACCAAGCGCAAGAUUAUAUUGCUAUUGAUUCUGAUUGUGGCCGGCAUGAUCAUCUUGCUCAUUAUCAAGCCCAAGAGGCAUGGCGGAGGUGGAGGAGGAGGGAGCGGAGGUGGCGGAGAAGGUCGCGGAGGUGCAGGAGAAGCAGCAUCACCGGCAUCGCCCGAUGUGCCGCCAUUAUUAUAA